AUGUCCAGCUCGUCGUCAAAUCCGUCCUCCCGCGGACAGGCUGAAGCAUCAUCGAGCCGCACAUUGAACGGGAAGCAGCCAGUUGUUGAGGACGACCACAGCGAUGAAGAGGAACUGCUGGCGGAUGAUCCGCUAGAGCGCGAUCUACCUGAACAACUCUCCUUCAAGCGCAGAGCCAAGGCAUCCACGUCCUCCUUCGGCUUCUCGCGAUACCUCCCCUCCUCCCUCGGUUCAUCCAGCAAUCGCACCUCGCCCCAGCCACGAUCGCACCGCCCGAAUGGCUCAACGGAGCUUAUACUCAACUAUCUCGAUACACCUGGCAAUGCGGGCGAACAUCUCCAAGACACCAAAGACGCGAAUGGACUAGACUGGUACAUCGAAGGCCCCGGGCGGAGAGUUGGAUACGACGACCUCACCGCAAUUGAUUGGAUUUUCGAAUACGCAAAGGAACGACAACGACUGCGCUAUCUAUACACUGGUUCUAGCGGUGUGCUUGGCCAUAUCAAACAGUUGGCGGAUGCAAGCCAGGUCUGGAUCAUUCUGGUUGCUGCCGGCAUACUGAGCGGAGGUAUUGCAGCCUUUAUCGACGUGGCCAGUAAUUGGCUUGCAGAUCUCAAGACGGGUUACUGUCACAAUUUUGAUGGAGACGGGCGGUUCUACCUGAAUAAGAGCUUCUGUUGUUGGGGAAUCGAGGAAGAGCAGGCUUGCCAUGACUGGAACUCUUGGGGUGCUGCCAUGGGAAUUGACAGCGUCGGUGGAAGAUAUGUUGUCGAGUACAUAUUCUUUGUGCUCUUUUCAGUGCUCUUCGCAGCAUGCGCUAGCCUCCUGGUGCGAGAGUUUUCGCCCUAUGCGAAGCACAGUGGUAUACCUGAGAUCAAGACUGUCCUGGGCGGUUUUGUCAUUCGGCACUUUUUAGGCGGAUGGACUUUGGUCACGAAGACGAUCGGAUUGUGCUUCGCAGUCGCUUCUGGUCUGUGGCUGGGCAAAGAGGGUCCAUUGGUACACGUCGCAUGCUGCUCGGCAAACCUAUUCAUGAAGCUAUUUGGUAACGUAAAUGGCAAUGAAGCAAGGAAACGAGAGGUGUUCUCGGCCGCGGCUGCAGCAGGUAUCUCAGUCGCUUUCGGUGCGCCUAUUGGUGGCGUGUUGUUCAGUCUCGAACAACUGUCGUACUACUUUCCGGACAAAACCAUGUGGAGCAGUUUCGUAUGCGCGAUGGUUGCCGCUGUCACGCUACAGGCCUGUAACCCGUUCCACACCGGGAAACUCGUCUUGUACCAAGUCACGUACCAUAGCGGGUGGCAUGACUUUGAGCUGCUACCUUUCGCAUUUCUCGGAAUCUUAGGUGGACUAUUCGGAGGCUUCUUCAUCAAGCUCAAUAUGGGCGUUGCUGAAUGGCGCAAGAACCGACAAUAUCUCAAAGGGCCAGUGACGGAAGUGGUCAUUGUAUCGCUUAUCACAGCGCUUAUCAGCUUUCCCAUCAAGUUUAUGCGCGCUCAGGCGUCUGAGCUUGUGCAUAUCUUGUUUGCCGAAUGCGCAGACAUCAAUGAGGACACACUCGGUCUAUGCAAAUCUGGCAAAGCGAAUACAGGAGUCAUCGCGCUCUUGCUGAUCUCCUCUGGACUUGGCAUUAUACUCUCGGGCUUCACAUUCGGACUGCAGAUUCCUGCCGGUAUUAUCCUCCCAUCUAUGGCUAUCGGUGGUCUUUUUGGACGUGCUGUAGGGCUUUCAGUCGAAGUGGUCCAGGCGGCGUGGCCAGCCCUUUUUGUCUUCAAAUCCUGCGAACCGGACGUACCCUGUGUAACCCCAGGCACGUACGCUAUUGUUGGUGCCGCAUCAGCGCUUGCCGGGACGACACGAAUGACUGUAUCGAUCGUGGUUAUCAUGUUUGAACUUACCGGAGCGCUCACUUACGUUCUGCCUAUCAUGAUCGCAGUCAUGAUCAGUAAGUGGAUUGGCGACGCAAUCUCUCCCCGUGGUAUCUACGAGUCUUGGAUACACUUCAAGGGCUACCCUUUCCUUGACAAUCGAGAAGACAAUGGUUCUAGCAUUCCUGAUGUCGGGGCAAGCCAUGUUAUGACACGCAUCGAGGACUUGACUGCAAUCACAGCAACCGGUCAUACCAUUGGUUCACUGCGCCAACUUCUAUCUCAACAUAGAUUCCGUGGCUUUCCCGUUAUAGACAACAGUCGCGAUGCUCUUCUACUUGGUUACAUUUCCAGAACUGAAUUGCAGUACGCACUUCAACUCGCUUUGACGCCUCCACGAAGCUUGGCUGCCGAAACAGAAGCUUAUUUCUCUCAUCAACCCCUCUCGGAUCCCACGACAUCACUCGAUCUCCGACCCUGGAUGGACCAGACACCGAUUACCCUCAACGCCAAAGCUAGUUUCCAGCUCACUGUGUCCAUGUUUCAAAAGCUUGGUCUCCGCUAUGUUUUGUUUACCGAUCGAGGUAUGUUGAAAGGCUUGCUCACCAAGAAAGACGUUUGGUACGUCAUGAACGGCAUUGAAGAAGAGCGCGAAGAAGGCGGUGCAGGCAUUGGUGUCGGGAGAGGGGGACUUAGAGAAGAAGGCGGUGAUGACGAAGAGAGCGAAGAGAGGGGAUUACUCGGUACACCAGAGGAGGAACAGGAUGACUUCAUUGGUGCGCACGACAGAUAG